AUGAAACUGUACAUCGUGCUCGCCCUGCUGUCCAUGGCCGCUGCUCAGGAAGACACCUACAACAGCAGAUACGAUAACAUUGAUGUGGAGGAAAUCUUGAAAUCCGACCGUCUCUUCAAGAACUACUUCAACUGUCUAAUGGACGCUGGUCCAUGCACUCCGGAAGGAACCGACCUGAAGAGGUACCUCCCCGAUGCCCUGGAGACCGGAUGUACCAAAUGUACUGAGAAGCAACGUGAUACUGGCAACAAGGUCAUCUCUUGGUUGAUCGAGAACCGUCCGGAAGAGUGGACCUCCCUGAAGAACAAAUACGACCCGGAAAACAAGCUGACCGAGCGCUACCCUGAGCUGGCUGCCAAGGUAGGAAUUGCUCUGUGA